UUAAUUUAACCUUCCACACCUGUACCGACACUCGUUCCACGAUGGUUCGAUCCAUCACAAUUCGUCAUUCUAGGUAAAGGUUAGCAUUCACACUCACUAGCAAUUAGCAGUUCUACAGUCAUUCAGUGUUGAGCAGUCACCAGUCGUCACCGUGGUGGUGGACUGGGAAGUGUGGAGUGUUGCGUGUUGUCCUCGCAACUUGUAGUUGGUGAUAUAUGUACAAAUAUUACGUCAGAUUCGCUUCCACACUCGUACAGCACGUACCGACUAGUCAUAAAGAAACCCACCCGCCCAAUAAAGUUUUAUUAAAAUGGAAAAAUUGUAAUAACUAACGACAACAUACAUAUUGGGACGAUGCAGGACUUGGAGUCGAAAUAUAACAAAAAGAUACCAGCUGUGAAAAGAUUGAUGCGGGAGGCUUGUGAAUUGAAAGAUGCUACUGAGGAAUACAGUGCACAUCCCCUUGAAGACAACUUGUUCGAGUGGCACUUCACUGUACGUGGGGCUCCUGGAACAGAAUUUGAAAACGGCAUAUAUCAUGGGAGAAUCAUACUUCCAACGCAGUACCCUAUGGCCCCACCUCAUAUUGUGUUACUCACUCCAAAUGGCCGGUUUGAAACAAAUAAAAAAAUUUGCUUAAGUAUUUCUGGCUACCAUCCAGAGACAUGGCAACCAUCUUGGUCUAUCAGGACAGCACUCUUGGCACUGAUUGCAUUUAUGCCCACCGCACACAAAGGGGCCAUAGGUUCAUUGGAUUACACUCCUGAAGAAAGGCGUGCAUUAGCCAAAAAGACUCGUAAAUGGGAGUGCCCGCAAUGUGGGUUGAUAAUUAAUCUCCUUGGAGGAAAUGUUCCAUCGAUAACUUCUGACGAAUCACAGCUCAUAAAAAGUGUUAUGUUCAAAGCUGAAGAUUCGACUAUAAAAUCUGAGCCUAAAAAUGAAGUAAAAGAAAAACAAAUAGAAAUCAAAGAGGACACCAGAGAACCAGAGGGCAUUGACCAAAGUAUGGUUUAUGAAGAGAACUCAGGAUUUUGGAUUAGUGAACGUUCGUCCAAUAUCCUUAUAUGUAUCUUAGUUAUGGCUAUAUCGGUCCUUCUUUACAGAAGACUUUUUUAAAUUUGUCUGUUCAAAUAUAUAAAUACCAAAUAAUAAAAGUUAAAUAUUAAAAAA